GGACGCAGGAAGGAUGCCCGCAUCACAAUCUGGAUUUGGCAACUUCUUCUUGGAGAGGAACAACAUCAGCAUGCCGACUGGAUACCAGAUACCGGUGCUGGGAUGCCCCGCCGGUGUGCAGCAGCAGCAGCAAGCGCAGCAUCUGGCAGCGAUGGCAGCCGGAGUUCCCAUCGCAUAUUCAGGACUACAGGGAUACAACUUCAUCCCAUAUCCGCACCACAGGCACAUCUCACAGCUGAACAACGGUUUCGACUUGAAGGCCACCUCUACCUACCAUCACGCGCUCCUGGCACGAGGUGGACCUUUCUACCCGCCAUACCGUGCCGGGACAGUGGAAGACCCCGGUAGGGUCGCCAAAGUGGCCACUCGAGAGAGCACCGGGGCGCUCAAGGCCUGGCUGAACGAGCAUCUGAAGAACCCGUAUCCCACCAAAGGCGAGAAGAUCAUGCUCGCCAUCAUCACCAAAAUGAGCCUCACGCAGGUUUCUACGUGGUUCGCCAACGCAAGGCGACGCCUGAAGAAAGAGAACAGGGUCAGCUGGGCGUCUAAGGGGAAAUCAGACGAGGAGGAUGAGGAGCAGGAGGGUGAGAGUGAGGAAGACGAGAGCCCCCUGCAGAAAUGUCAUUUGGACGAGCGGGAUGAGACGGAGCCGCAGGGUGAGCAUGCAGACACCGAGGAGGAAGCCGCCGGCGCGCUGGGCAGCUCGGCACCUGUGGAUGCGCGUUUGGAGCAGCUGCACCGCGAGCAUGAAGAGAGCCAGGUUGCACUUGUCAAAGCUGAUAAGAAGGAGUCGGAGCAAACGCCUUCACCAUUGGAGAGCAAAGAGAAUAUUGUUAGUCAAAAGCCCAAAAUAUGGUCCCUGGCAGAGACCGCCACCUCGGAACCGGUGAAGAAACCCUCGGACAAUACUUUCCACCCAAGCAGCUCCCAAGUUGGAAAACUGUGGGCUGAGUGGGCUUCCAGAAACGGACUGUAUAUUCCGUCCUGUUACUCCACGCAUGAAAUUCUCUAACCGGAAGUUCAGACAGAAAUCAGAGACAUUUUCCGCGUCUUUUGCACUUAAAAGUUUCAACCCUCAGGGAUUUGAAUCAUUAAUUCCCGAAGUUUGCAGUAAAAUGCGAAAAGUGUUUUGAGACCAAAGACUAAACAUGUUAUGUUGUUGUACAUAAAUGUAGAUGUAUUUUUCCAUCGCCACUGUGUAAAUUAUAUUUCCUUUGUCUAUCUGGAAGAAAUAUUUUUGAUUAAAUAAAAUUCAGCAAAAUA